AUGAAGAGCACCACCGCGUGCGACGGUGUGUGGGGUGGUGACUUGCCGCGCGCCACGGUGUGCGGAACGGCGACUUGCUGCCUCGCUGUUAUAGUGCCGUGGGCUACUGUCGCCGUGCGCCUCCUCUUCCUUCGCUAUCACCCCUCCAUUCCUUUCCCCCCCUGUCCUAUCUGCUUUCCCUGUCCUCUCUCUCUUCUCCCCCCUCUCUCCCUCCCUGUCCUAUCUCUCCUCCCUCCCAUAUCUUCCCUCUUUGUCAUAUCUCCCCUCCCUGCCCUUUCUCCCCUCCCUGUCCUCUCUCCCAAUCAUUCUACUCCCUGCUCUCUCGAUCCUCCCUUCCCUCUCUCCCUUCAAGCCCCCACCUUUCGUCAUUUCACCCCACCCCUGUCAUUUCACUCCUCCCCUGUCAUUUCACUCCUCCCUUGUCAUUUCACCCCACCCCUGUCAUUUCACCCCACCCCUGUCAUUUCACCCCACCCCUGUCAUUUCACCCCACCCCUGUCAUUUCACCCUUCUGUCCCAGCCCCUCUUCUAUACGCCUUUCUCUCCCUUACUCCCCUCUGCCAUACCCCUUUCUCUCCCUCCCCUCUUCUAUAUCCCUUUCUCUCCCUUACUCCCUUCUGCUAUACCCCUUUCUCUCCCUUACUCCCUUCUGCUAUACCCCUUUCUCUCCCUUACUCCCCUACUAUACCCCUUUCUCUCCCUUACUCGCCUUGGCUAUACCCCUUUCUCUCCCUUACUCCCCUUGGCUAUACCCCUUUCUCUCCCGUAAUCUCCUCUCAAACUCCCCUCAACCCUCCCUGCCCUCUCUCCCCAUCACACCGUCUCUCCCCUCUCGUACUCCCCUCUCCCCUCCCUGCCCUCUCUCGCCAUCCCCCCCUUUCCCCCCUCUCUGCCCUGUUCUGUCCCCCCUCCCCUCGCUGUCUUUUCUCCCCUCUUUGCCGUGUCCUAUCCCCUCCUCUGCCCUGUCCUAUCCCCUCACCCUGGCCUGUCCUAUCCCCUCACCUCUCGCCAUCCCAGGCGAGCAUGCCAAAGGCCCAAACGAGCUGCAUGGACGUACUGCCUCCCCUUGCUCCUGCUUUCAGCAUGACAAAUGCCCAGACAAGCUACAUUGCGUACAGGGACCGCUAG